AUGGCAGCUCGACGAGAACGAGAUCCAUAUGGUGUGCACGAUCCUAACGUACAGUACAAACUCCACCCUCAUGUCAUCCAUGUGCGAUCCUCCGCCCCCUUGAAAGGCUGCAGCGACCCACAAAAGCGCCCCCAGUCAGGUUACCCAUGCCAGUGCCCAACUCUAGGUACGCGAUUCACACACAACAAGCAUCCGGCCCCUCCGCGCACGACUCAUUUUCAACGUGCGCAUUGCCAGCGAACGGCUCGGCGAAAUGGCCUGGCACACAUGCAACGGCAUGAUUCAGCUCGCGCUGCUCAUCAUCACCUAAGAGCACGCCUUGCCGCAAACUUUACCCCCGAGAGACCGACCGUUGUUUCUUUCUUGCCGCAGCUGCUCGAGGCGAGAUUACUGGCCGAAGUUGCUCCCCCGGAUCUCCAGGGACGAUAUUGUGUCUAG